GGAUGAAUGAUGAGCCAUAAAGUAAAAAAAUAUUUUUUUAAUGAUCUGUUGCCGGUUAACACAUGAAAGUUAAACUGUAAUAACAUUAAAGGUAUCCUACCCCACGGGGAACACUUGCAGCUGACGCUAAUAACACUUACUGGGAAACUAAUAAUUAAGAAUCCAACAACGGAGCAGUGUCUCGACCCAGAGCUUAGGAGACACUAACCCUUUUCAUUCAGCCUCAUGAAUUCUUGCUCAGUCCUUAAUUGGAAGCUGGGAUGAAUCAGGGGUCACUUAACUGUAAUUACAUUCAUUCUAACUGCAGAAACCCUGAUUCUCUCCUCCUCAGGACUUUACAGCCUCCUAACUGGCUGACCCAGUGGCACUGCGGUGUGCGCGUUAGCGCCAACAAGAAGCUAGUCGGCUUCAUCGCUGCUGCUCCUGCCCACGUCCGAGUAUAUGAAACCCUGAGGCAGAUGGUGCACGUCAAAUUCCUGUGCGUUCAUAAGAAGCUGCGCCUCAAGCGCAUGACUCCAGUUCUGAUCAGAGAGGUCACCAGGCGGGUCAACCAGCAGGGCCUGUGCCAGGCUGUCUACACAGCUGGGGUGGUGCUGCCAGCUCCUCUGAGCUCUUGCAGAAUCCGGGAGCGGCCUCUGAAUGUUCAGAAGCUAAUGGAGGUGAACUAUCCAGGACUGAAACCGGACGUGAGUCUGCAGCGAGCGCUCAGGUUUAAUCGCCUGCCAGAGGUGAGGAAACGCUGCCACCUAGAGACAAAAGGUUGUCAGCGCCUGUAUAUGUCAUAUGUCUAGAGAGAGAAA